AUGUCUACAUUCGCCCAAGACUCCGACUAUGCUUCCCAGGGCGGGCUGAGUCCCGAGACAAAGCAAGCGAGUCAAACCAAUGGCGUCGAGCCGACGACCUUGCAGCAGACCUUGGUCAAUAACGCUUCUGCCGCCGCCCAGACGAUUCAGCAGCAUCCAAUCACACAAAAUCUCGUCAAUGGCCCUGUCGCUCAAUCAGCAAGAAGCGAAGCAGCUGCCACAAAGUCCGAGUUCAGCAAUCUGGCCGGCUCUCGUUCAAAACCUGACUACACCGCUAGCAAUGCAAGCCUCCCUGCCCUCCAAAAGAUUGUCUUUGAUGUCGAAGGUUACUGUUCUUUUGGUGCGCCUCGAGAUAGGCUAACAUCAGCACAGGAUACCGAACUCACUCACUAUCAUUCAUUCUUCUACACCCUCCUUAGCUGGAAAAACAAACGCGCCACUGGCAUCACCUUCGCUUCCGCGAUUGCCUUCAUCUUCGCCGUCCGAUACCUCCCCAUCAUCCGAUAUGUGAUCAAGAUUACCUGGAUGAGUCUUGGUGUUGUCACCAUCGCGGAAGCCUCGAGCAAAGCUCUCAUGGGCUCUAGCGUGGCCAGCUCGCUCCGACCCCGACGAUACUACAAAAUUCCAAAGGAAACUCUCGAGGCAUCCCUCGAUGAUCUCGAGAACCUCAUCAAUUUCUUCGUCAUUGAGAUCCAGCGCAUUGUGUUUGCAGAGAACAUCCCGGUGACCGCAGUUGCUUUCUUGACUGCAUUCAUAACCUACUACCUCAUCAAGAUUGUUCCUUUCUGGGGCAUGGCCUUGAUUUCCACUUCCUUCAUCUUUCUCGCCCCAUUGAUCUAUCUCGAGAACAAGGAGUUCAUCGAUGCCCAACUGGAGCAUGCCGGCCACGUUAUUGGUCAACAAACCAACCAGAUCAAAGACCUUACUGCCCAGCACACAAGCAAGGGGCUUGAGUCUGUGAAGCAAUACACGGGAACCGCUGCUGCAAAAGCUCAAGAUUUGGUCGGAACCGCCCGUCAGAAGAUCCCGUCUCCUACCACAGGCAACACUCCGGUCAAGGAGAAUGACUUCCCGUCUGCGCCGCAGACCGAUCUUCCUGACACCAACGCCGAUGUUCUUCAGCGCGAGACCGAUCCCGUCCCUGCGUCUUAA